AUGGCCGAUCUCCACCUCCUCCACCCGCCGGAGCCCGACACCAACGGCGGCGGGGCCGCCGCCUCCGCCUCCGCCGCCGCGCUGCUCCUCCCCGCCGACCCCGCGGCCGAGGCGGCGGCGGCCGCGGCCGCGCCGGACCCCCCCGCGCCCCCCUACUCCAAGCGCCGCCGCCGCCCCAGCGUCCGCCUCGGCGACAUUGGCGCGCAGGCCACGGCCUCCGACGCGCAGCUCCCGCGCCGCCACCGCAAGCCGUCCUCCCACCCGCGCCCCCCGCGCCGCUCCCACCCGGACGACGCCCUCGACCCCGCCGCCCGCGCCCGCGGGCCCAAGCCCGGCCAGCGCCGCCCGCGCACGGCCUGGAUCCCGGCGCCCCACGGCGGCGCCGACGGCUACGAGGACGAGGAGGGCCACCACCACUACUACGACGACGCCGACCAGUCCGACUCCGCCGCCGCCGCCGCCCGGGCCGCUAGGGUUUCGGGCAGCCGCGAGGCCAGCGUCGACGAGUCCGACGGCGUCGCCGACUGGGGCCUCCCCAACGGCGGCGCGGCCUGCUACGGCGGCGGCGGCGGCGUCAGGGCCUGGCUCGACGGCCUCGGCCUCUCCCGGUACGCCCCCGUGUUCGAGAUCCACGAGGUGGACGACGAGGUGCUCCCGCUGCUCACCCUGGAGGACCUCAAGGACAUGGGCAUCGGCGCCGUCGGCUCCAGGAGGAAGAUGUUCGCCGCCAUCCAGAAGCUCCGCAGCACCGACACCGUGUCCUGA